AUUGAAUGACAUAUUGAUUGAUGUAACGUUUUAAGUCUUAAAAAUUGUAAUCUUUCAAAUCAAUUGCAAAUAAAGCAAAUCUAUUUAUUAAAUUAAUCGAUCUUACGUCCUGCCCAUUAUUACUAUGAAAAUGAACAUAAAAACCGAUAUCAAUAGUCCAGAAACUUUCCAAAAACUGUUCACAAAAUUAGAAAAUCCCGAUGUCAUCUACCAGAACUAUGUGAAGAAGCUUGCCAAAUACCAUUUUCAAGUUAAAGCUAUUAUUCAGGAUAUUCUAGAAUGUAGAGAAUCAAUGGAAGCACUAAAUGAGCUCAAUGAGAAAGGUAGGGCAAUGAUCACACAGCUGAGGGAAGAACUAGAAAGCCUUGAGUUACAUGGUAAAGACACUGGAGAUCCCAAAUAUGCCGUAGAGCUGGAAUCUCAACGGCACCAGUUGGCUGGAUUAUUAAAGGAAUUUAAAGAUGCCAACAUCAGCACAAUGUUUGCUAUAGAGAAAGCCCAGAGAGAAGAGUUGCUGAAGCCUACAGAUACAGAAGAGUCUGCCGUUAGAAAUAGAAAGAAGACAGUUGACAGAGAUGGACUGCUAAAAAUGUCUACAGCUGCUUUUAAAGUGUCAGGAGUGACAGAACAAUUACUGUCUAUAAGUCGACAACUAGCUGACACAACCCAGAGGAGCCAAGACACAUUGGACAGCUUAGUUUCCUCAAGUUCAACUGUACAUGGAACGCAAGCAGAGCUUCGAAACACAGCAAGCACGAUAUCACAGUCGAGUAAAUUAUUAACUAAAUAUGGCCGCCGGGAAUUUACAGAUAAAAUAAUUAUGUUCUUUGCAUUCCUCUUCUUUUUAGCUGUUUGUCUUUAUAUUGUUCAAAAAAGACUAUUUUAAUGACACGUAAAUAAUUGAUUUAUAUUUCUAUUUAUUUUAUAUUUAUUGUUGAUUAAAUUAUUUUUUUAAACUUUA